CUCCACCGCGCUGGCCGACGCGGCGCACGCCUACGUCCGCGCCGUUCUAAUUUCAAAAUAAAAAAAUCAAAACGUCAAAGCAUUCGUUUAUUUUUAAUUUUAAGGAAUGUGAUUGGUGAACGUUGGAAAAAUAUUAUGUGCCAUAAAGUGUAGUGUUUAAAAAUGGGUUUCGGGAAAUUGUUUUUGGUGUUCGUUUUUGUGAAAUGUGUUUAUGGUCAAGAGCAGGGCUGCUACGGUGCUGGUAGCGUUGCUGGUGCGGCGAUAGGUGCCUUUAUAGGGGCACUUCUUUUGGUUGCUGCGGCAUAUUAUCUGAGAAAGUUGUAUUGGAAGUCGCGCAAAGGAAAGCACCUAGUCUUCUCCACCGACCCCGAAUCAGUAAAAGAUGAGUUCGCCUUCGACAACCCCGGUUUUCGCCAAGACGAGCGCGCGUGGCAACACGCCCCGACGUUACCCUUAAAGGGGUCGACGUUGCACGCAGAGUUCACCAAACCCGAACAGAGCAAGGACGAUGAACAUAUUCAGCGAGCCAGAGUUCGGCGGGUGAAGCUAUGGGCCCGCGACUUCACGGGUCUGGGUUUCCGGUGCUCGGGCGGCGCCCGGGAUGGUGUGCGAGUGCAUUCGGUUCUGCGGAGCGGCCCGGCUGCUGCUGCGAAGCUGGAGCCUGGGGACAAAAUCAAGAGCAUCAAGAUAGAGUUCUCCGGAACUCCACUAGAGGACGCUCUAGCGAUCCUGUCUCUCGCCUCCCCCUACCCUGUGGAGUUGGAGGUGGUUGAGGGGGGGAGGGUCAGCGGCGCGGGGCGGGGGGUGCGGCAUCCGUUGCUGAAGAGGGCUGGCUCUACUGGAGAUGUUAGCACGCUCGAAAAGGAAGGGAAGCUCCUCCACCCACCGCAGUCCCCCAACGCGUCUCACUCCAACAACUCCACGCUAGAGACCAAACACAAGGGCAUCAAGAAGAUAAUCACAGAAAAGAUAGUCCCCACGACCCUGGAACGAAACAAGAAGGAGAAGAAAGACCUCCCCACAACGCUAGAAAGAGAAAACGAGAAGAACAUUAAACUGAAUAAGAAUAGACAUUCAGAUGUAUUUCAUACUGCUAAACCUGUCGAUUAUAAACAUGAAAGGAACAAGGUGAGGCAUUCAACUGGUGAUGUCAUUAUUCAAGCAGAAAAUGGGACGGCUAAUCUAGAACACGCUGAAGUGCAAAAGAGAGAGUAUGAUCCUAAAAGAGGUAUGAAGUUUGGAAUUAGAGUAUUGCCGCCUAAUGUGCCGGAUGAUGGAGUUUUAAAACAGAAGAAUGUCGAAAACGGCGUCGUGGCGCAUAAAGUUGAGAAGAAAACAGUUGAUGAACCAGAUAAACCUGAACCGCAACGGCCAGCGCCUGCUUCACAUGUUAAACUAGAAAGUGAGACAGAAGUAAAGAAACCUGUAGUUGCUAAAAGGAGAGAAAAGAUGGCACCUCCAAUUCCCAAUGCUAGGGUAAAACCAGAAGAUUUAAAUACAAGUGCUGAUUCUAAGACGUCUGACAAUGCGCCGACUGCUUUUGUUAGAACUGAUCUUAACUCAAGUGGAAUUAAACGGGACGAAAAUGGUAUACCACAAGAAUUACCUCAGCACAUGUUCGAUGCUGCCAAAGCGGCAAGAAGCAACAGAAAGAGUUCAUCAGAACUGCUUUACGAAAAGGAUAAUGACAGAAAUGAACACAAGAAAGAUGAAGCUCCAAAACCAAAUAAGAAAUCUAAAGGCAAAGCACCUUCACCACCUGAAGUUGAGAAGAAUAAAACAGAUGACAGCAUGAUUGAACAACUAAAAAAUGUAAAUGACUUCCUGAAGAGUGAAAAGCAAUUUUCAAGUCUAUUGCAUGAUUCCAUGACUUCACCUAACACUACUACAACAUCAUACAAUACCUCGACACCCAAAGCAAUUAAAACCAAACCAGCACCCCAACCUAACGUUGAAGAAUCAAUUAACUUCAGCCAAGAUGACAUUGACGAUAUUGUUCACAGACCAUUCAAACGGGAGAGUGAUUCUCUCAACAAUUACUUCGAAGAUUCCAAAUCUAACCUUUCUUCUAACCAAGACGGCCAUUCGGUUGUUUCUUUAAAUCAUAGCGAGAAAAGCGACAAAGGAUCGACAACUAUUGAGUUAAACAACAGUGAUGUCACGAUCCACAGUUCGCCGCUAGAUGACACUCUCAACUCUGCUUCAGACGAUACUUCGAUUCUAGACGAGAAUGAACGCAAAGCCGCCUCUCUGGGCGACUUAUCGCGAUUCGAAUUGAGAGUCAAAACAAAUAUGCCAUCUACUGGUACUUUAGAGAGAGCGCAAAGCUUAGACAUAUCUGCUGAAGAUGCUGAAAUAAAUGAAACGCUGUCCCCUAAAAAGAGGAAAGCUAUGUCCGUUGUAGAAACAACGUUCUUUGAUUCUACUACAGAAGAUACACUACCUGAUAUGAACCCAGAGAAAGGAGUGACAAUCAAGCACAAGGAGCCUAGACUUAGCUUAAAUAUUGCUAAGACUUCUGCUAUGGAAGGGCUUAAUACGUUCCAAAGAAAUCGCUUGAAGAAGGCUUCUGAAUUUGGAAAUUUGGAGGAUGCUAUUGUCAAAGGUUCCACCAGCUCAGUAGACUCUGAGAAGAUUGAACAAGAUGGUCAGAAGAAUAUUAAAGAACCCGAGUCACCUCCUUUAGUUGAGAGUGAGCUUCAUGAAACAUCAGAUCAUUUAGCAAGGAGGAUUAUGGACGAAAACAUGAAAGUGCACUUAAAACUGGUAUCAGAAUUUGCGAAAUCUACUUCGGAUGGUAGCAACAUGAGCUCUUUGGAGAGCACUCAUGAUAUGAGUCCUAAAAAAGAAUCACCUGUCAAAUUUGAUGAAAAACACAUGACGUAUGAUACUAAUAUUCCGGAUGACUUGAAAGUAAGUCGUAAUACUUACGUGAACAGUUUGGAACGACCUAAAUCUGACAUGAUGAAAAAGUUAUUAGCGAAAAAUCCAAUUUUGAAUGUACAUAUUGAUCAAAAGAAUGAAGCUGCUACAAGUAAAGAGACUCCCACACCAAUGACUGACGCAUCUAAAUCAGCUAUCAGUCAACAUCAACCAGACAUUGUCAAUUUUAAUUUGAAAACGGCUGACACGAAAUUAAAAGACUACGAUGAGUUCGUAAGUAACAUCAGAGUCGGAUCUAACAACAGUAUGAAAUUCGAUAAGAAACCUCAAAUGGAAACAUUCUCAAGCGAAUGGACAGAUCCAAGACAGAGCAAUAAUGUGGUUACAAUAACUACGGAAAACCCCCAACUAGUUGAAGAGCAAAGGAAAUCUUAUACAAAAAGCAUAGAAAUUGGAGAACCGAAUAUAAGAUUAAUACCAGAUAUUGUUGAAGGUAUAAAGAGGAAAACUGAACACAAAGAUGGUCGAACAUUAUACAUGGAACCAGCAAACAUGUCAAUAACAAUGACUCAGGAGCCGGUUCAGAAAACUGUAACAGUAAAUGUUGCUGAGGAUGAAUUUGGCAACAAAGUCAUCAGACAAAACAUUGAGAAAGUAUCUACGCAAUACAUAACGGCUAAAGGAGAUGCUCCUUUACAGGUGGAACAAGUCACUUUUGGUAUUUCUAAAAAGGGAGACUUAAAUGAAUUAGACUUGGAAGAAGGAGAUGAUGCGGACAUUGACAAGAAGAUUUUAGACGAAAUAAAAAGGCAGAACCCUAACAUGCAUUUCACAAGUGAAGAACCCGCGUACACAAGGACAGAAACUAUUAUUUUAAAUACAGAACUAGACGAAGAACAAGCUAAAGCAUUGAUGGAGAAAAUAACUAACGACCCUAGUUUCAUGGCACAAAAGACACCAGAGGAACUAUCUAAAUUGGGAAUAAGGAUAAUCAGAGAGUUAGACGACGUGCAAGAUAAAAAAGACGAUACAGUUGAAGUGACCAAAACACGGUACACUAUUAAUCCUGCAGCCAUGUCAGAUUCGCAGAAACAAAGAUUAGAAUGUCCUCAAGAAUCCGAACAAAAGAAGGAUCAUAUAACAGAAAUCCAAGUCGUCACACCAAGAACAGAAAAGCAACAACAGAAAGAUAAAGUAUCAAGUAGGCAAAGAGUGCCUCCCUCCGAACCCCCACUUUCCUACGAACUGGACCCUGAAAUGCUAAAUGACUUCAUCUCAAACGAACGACACCAUUCAGCCAGACAAGAACAACGAACGAAAACGACACAAGACGAACCAAAGAAACGACAUUCCGACUUCGAUUUACCAAGAAAUACCACCAUCAAAUUCAGAACAGCGACGUACGAAUCUCCAAAGGGAACUAUUGUUACAAGCACCGAUUUGGAGAAUAGGAGAUUGUCACAACUCGACCAAAUGCAAUUAAGAUCGGCUGAAACUGUAAAGCCGGUAAUUUUAGCUAAACCAAGCAGUAUACCGGUGAAAGCAGCUGAAAAACCUAAAUCUGUAACGGUGUCUUCCAAGAUUCCUGUCUUCAUGAGUCAGAAAUCGUUAAGUCAGGAGAAUUUGACCGAUAAAACGUUCUCGGUGCCGAGUUCGCCGCCGCCUAAACUGGUAAGUAGCGGUAGUUCUGGAAACAUUUCUGUGACUUCUAUUAAGUCUAGCUCUAGAAGCCCUAGUGGUGGUAAAUAUUUGUAAAAACACUAAAAUAUUUACAAAAGUGCUGAUACAGAUUUAAUUGAGAAAUUAUCUUUAAACUUAUUUGAUGUCUAUCUUGUAAUGCUACUUGGCAAUCUGAAACUUUUUAUUUAGAGGAAAUCUAAAUAGCAAUUUUAUGAGUAAUUUUCUUACUGCACAAUGUCCGGAUAGCACGUCAAACUAUAAAUUUUUAAUGUCUUUUGUUAUACAAUGCUUCGUUACUAUGUGACACCAUGUUAUUUAUAUUGUCGUAACAUUUUAAACUAAUAACUGUUAUUUAAUUCCACUAAAAACUUCACAAGCAAUUUCAUUAACUUGUAAACGAUAAUUACAAUCAGGGGUGCGAUUUUUGAAUUACGGUCACUCGAUUUCGUCACACGAAAAUCGGUGAAAAACGGCGAAAUGCUAAUUUUUGACAUACGAGCGAUAGAAAUUGGGAAUCUAAUAUUAUUGACCACUAGUGUUCAAUUCUAUUAGUAGAAUUUAAAUGCCUAGUAGUGGAGAUAUUAUUGAUCGAAAUACACGAAAUCGAGCGGUCGAAUUUCAAAAAUCGGCCCCCUGUAUCAGAACUUAUGUAAGUGCAAUUAGAUUUAAGUGAAAAGUGUAAAAAUCAUCGAAGGAAUACGUAAGUGCCUUAUUUUCGGAUAAAAUUAUGAAUCUUAUAACCUUAACAAAAUUUUAAAACAUGUGCCUUUAUUAUUUUACAUUUCUACUAAUGAUCUUAGAGUAUUUUGUGAAUUAAAAAUGUUAAGAAUUAUUUUCGGUUGUGAGCGCAAUUUUAAUGUUCGUAAAAUAGUGUUAAGGACUUGUCACAAUUAAAAAAAACAGUUUAUUUGACACACAUUCCAAGUACCUAAUAUCAAAUUCAUUGAGAUUAUAAUUUAUUAGAUAUUGUAUUGUUUUGACAUUCCGUCCUCAGUUUUUACCACAAUAUUUUAAACUGUAGAUUUAUCACUAUUUUGAAAUGUGCAAGCAUUUCAAGGCCAUUUUAUAGAAUAGUUAGACUUAUUUAUUAUUAACAUUAUUUUUAAACAUGGCGGCAAAUCGCCAAGGUACCUUUUUAUCUAGAAAUCGGACAUUUAUCAUUAUACGAAGUGACCCAAAGGAUAAAAUAUACAAAGAUUUCAUUUCUUAGUGGCAAUAGUUUAAUCCAUUAUUCAAAUUUGACAUUUCCAGUAGUUCAAAAUAAGUACUUAAAUGUGUAAGUUUUGAAUUAUUUGACAAGUCUGGUCAGAAGUAAUGUCUUCCACCGAUAGAUGUCGCUACGGCCUUGCAUUUUUUGAUCAACAUUCAAUAUAGUCUUGAGAUGUUGGAAAAGAAUAAAAAAAACAUAAUUAUUAUUAUGAACCUUUCAAUAAAUAACCUGAAUAAAAGCACAAAUUAUUCCUUAAGUCACCUACAUUAAAAACCUAAACACGCCUACGAUAUUUAUGUACUUAGUUAUCAUUUUAACGAGUAUCUAAAUUCACUUUGACACGAUAUUUCCAUAAUUAUUAAUUAUUACUUUUACCACUAUUGUAUUAAUUUUAUAUAAAUUCUGACCAGACUGCGUUUAAAUAACAGUUACAAUAAAUGUAUUAUUUUGUUAUAAUAAAGGAAUAGUUUUUUGUUGUUGGUUAAGUCUGUACGAGCGAUGUAUUUACCUACAAAUUAACAAGUUAUUAUGCAGUUAUACAAUUAGUAUUUUAUUGAUGUAUUAUAAAUGAAAUAAAGACAAUUUUAAAAUGUU